AUGCAAGCAGUAGAGCUUGAUUCAGAAGAAGAACGUGAUUCAAAAGUAGAUGAUAACUCCGAUGCAGAAAUUGAUUCCGAAAUGGAACUGGACUCAAAAGCAGACGAUGUUUCUGAUGCUAAAGCAGAGCUGGAAUCUGAAAUGGUGCUAGACUCAGAGACCGAGCUGGAUUCAGAUGAAGAAGACUCAGAAGUUUCUGGUAUAAAUGCUAUAACUGUUUGCUCACCAUUUAUAGUAGUAACAACAGUAGUUGAGUAA